CGUCACGUGACUCCUCCUCCGCCCUCCCCCUCCUCUUCCUCUCGGCUCCAUAUUGAUACCGAAGGAGGCGAGUCCGGUCACAAAAUGGAGGUAAUUGCCUGCCGCGUGGAGGGAGCGGGAUCCGCUAAGCUAAGGUUUCCUAGAUUUAAAAGAAAGGCUGAUUCAGAGUACCCUUCCAAAAUGGCUGCUCUUAAGGAAGAAAGAGAGGUUGAAGACUACAAGAGGAAAGGAAGACGAUCCUCACAGGGCCAUGAGCCAAAAGAGCCAGAGCAGUUGAGAAAGCUAUUCAUUGGAGGUCUGAGUUUUGAAACAACAGAUGAUAGCUUGAGAGAGCACUUUGAAAAAUGGGGCACACUCACAGAUUGUGUGGUGAUGAGAGACCCACAAACAAAACGUUCCAGAGGCUUUGGCUUUGUGACUUACUCUUGUGUGGAGGAGGUAGAUGCUGCAAUGAGUGCUCGACCGCAUAAGGUUGAUGGACGCGUGGUUGAACCAAAGAGGGCAGUUUCAAGGGAGGAUUCUGUAAAGCCUGGGGCACAUCUCACAGUAAAGAAAAUAUUUGUUGGUGGAAUUAAAGAAGAUACAGAAGAGUAUAAUUUAAGAGAAUACUUUGAAAAAUAUGGCAAGAUUGAAACUAUAGAAGUCAUGGAAGACAGGCAAAGCGGAAAGAAAAGAGGCUUUGCUUUUGUAACUUUUGAUGAUCAUGAUACAGUUGAUAAAAUCGUUGUUCAGAAAUACCAUACUAUAAAUGGACAUAACUGUGAAGUGAAAAAAGCACUCUCAAAACAAGAGAUGCAGACUGCUAGCUCUCAGAGAGGUCGUGGGGGUGGCUCAGGCAACUUCAUGGGUCGUGGAAACUUUGGAGGUGGUGGUGGAAACUUUGGCCGAGGAGGAAACUUUGGCGGAAGAGGAAAAAAAUCUCAUCUGUUUUGUGUUCCAGGAGGCUAUGGGGGUGGUGGUGGCGGUGGUGGGAGCAGAGGAAGCUUUGGGGGUGGUGACGGAUACAAUGGAUUUGGUGAUGGUGGCAACUAUGGAGGUGGUCCUGGCUAUGGCAGCAGAGGAGGUUAUGGUGGUGGUGGAGGACCAGGAUAUGGAAACCCAGGUGGUGGAUAUGGAGGUGGAGGAGGAGGAUAUGAUGGCUACAAUGAAGGAGGAAAUUUUGGUGGUGGUAAUUAUGGUGGCAGUGGAAACUACAAUGAUUUUGGCAAUUACAGUGGACAGCAACAAUCUAACUAUGGUCCCAUGAAAGGUGGUGGCAGCUUUGGUGGCAGAAGUUCAGGCAGUCCCUAUGGUGGUGGUUAUGGAUCUGGAAGUGGAAGUGGGGGCUAUGGUGGUAGAAGAUUCUAAAAAUGCUACCGAGAAAGGGCUACAGUUCUUAGCAGGAGAGAGAGCGAGGAGUUGUCAGGAAAGCUGCAGGUUACUUUGAGACAGUCGUCCCAAAUGCAUUAGAGGAACUGUAAAAUCUGCCACAGAAGGAACGAUGAUCCAUAGUCAGAAAAGUUACUGCAGCUUAAACAGGAAACCCUUCUUGUUCAGGACUGUCAUAGCCACAGUUUGCAAAAAGUGCAGCUAUUGAUUAAUGCAAUGUAGUGUCGAUUAGAUGUACAUUCCUGAGGUCUUUAUCUGUUGUAGCUUUGUCUUUCUUUUUUCUUUUUAUUUUCCCAUUACAUCAGGUAUAUUGCCCUGUAAAUUGUGGUAGUGGUACCAGGAAUAAACAAAUUAAGGAAUUUUUAACUUUUCAAUAUUUGUGUAGUUCAGUUUUUCCACAUUUAGUACAGAGAAUUCUAUAACAGAAAUAAAAUGUAGUUUAGGGUGUUUCCUUGUUAGUUAAUAGAGAGGAUUAAUGCAUUUCUCAAUUACUAUUUUGUAUUAAUUUAAAGUUAACAAUAGAAACACCUAUUGAUUUGCAGUCUUAAGGGGUCUAGUCUCAGUGUAUAUAUGUAACUGUCAUUGACAUGAGUUACAUAGGCAUACAGAGGGAAAACAUCUGUAUGUUGCAUUAUAGUUUGUUUAGAUGUAUAACUAGGAUUGAGUUACUCAAAUUAGUGUUUGUGAAUUAUAGAACUAAGCUUUACCUUCAAAUGAAAAUUUCAAAUUACUUUUGGUUUGUGCAUAUUUUUUUAAUUUGUAGUUCUGUAUUAGUACUAGCUCUUCAAGAAAAUAAGGCAUGAUAAAUAUUUUAACAAGACCAACUUUAGCCACAUUCAA